UAGAAUCUAACUCAAUUAAGUGAAAACUUAGAUAACAGGAAUUUUUAAAGGCAAUGUUUUGGCAUAUUGAAUUGCAAAAUCCCUUCAAGCCGAAGAAAUCAGGUUUUCCUUGUAUAUUUCCAGUAAUUUACUCCAACAGGAAAUUACUCCCAAAGUAAGGAUGACCACAGACUUUUUCCUCCAAGACUUGAUUUAGAAUUUGAAAACUUUUAAUUGUUUUCAUCAUGCUGAAGGUGAGAAGGGAUAUACUGCAGUCCAUAAAUGCAAUCCAGAUUUGUACAUUUCUUCAGCUUGAACAAUUACCUUCUAAUUUUGAGUCAUUGAUGAGGCAUUUUAGUUGUGUAGUUGUUCAGAGAAACAUGUUCUGUUUGUAGCUUUUACAAAAUGAAUUCAACCUGACAGAAUUUAAGCAAAAAAGAUAGACCAAACAAUUUUUCUCAAAUUUUGCCUUUUUUUUUACAAAUAUCAUUGUAGGAGUAGGUUCUUAUACAAGACAAUUUCUUGUUAUUUUUUCCUUGAAAUUGCAGAUAAUUGUUCAUUUCACCAUCAAGUAAUUGUUUAAACGCAGAUAGUUCUAAAAUUGUUCUGACGAUGAGCAUGGAAAUCCAUGAUUAAGGAUUUCUGGCAACUGAAAGAAAAUACAACGUUCAGUCACUGAAACAUCUCUGGUGUAAAUGCAGGUAUGUAGAAAACCCAUGUUUCCUAAACUGUCUUCUGUCAUCAUGAUUCAUUAAUCACGAAAUUGCCACUCUUGUCUACACAUUGGACAAAGCUGUUGCAGUUGCUGCGAAGUCAACCAUUUUAAUAUGCAGUGCAUAUGGAACACAUGAGUACAUUUUCCCCAGACCAGAGGACAGUCAUCUCCUGGUGUUUUACAAUCAGGACAGCAGCUAUCAAAUUGCAUCCUGCAAAUACCACAGUUUUCGUCAUUUGCAGUCCAAUGCCAUGUUGCUACAGCUGUCCAUUUCUUCACUGUGACCUUCAUUCCCUCUGUUUUUGUAAGAUAUAAAGCGGAUUUACUACCAAACACCAGCCAUCAUAGUCUGUUUACUGGCCUAAAUCACCUUCAAGAUACUGCGAAGGAGAAUUGUCGAAACGUGAGCCACCUUAAGUGCGCGGAAUCUCCAUUUACCGUCCGAGAAGCGUUGGAGAGACAGAAUCUUUUUCUUGCAUUCCUAUUAAUCGAUUGCUAGAUACCUUACUUCACCUGAUACCUUUUUAUACAUUGGAGGAAACCUUCAUAUUUUUGUGAAAGAUUGCUGUGAUAUUGUAACUCCUGAAAGAAUCGUCUAAUUGGACGAAACGUUUAGGCCAUCUCAGCACCAUCACGAUCUGAUCGUUAUGGCUUCAAGUGAUGAAUAUGCAAGCUCUGAAGGGGAAGUCAGGAAGUUUAAAAGCUAUGUUCAGAUUCCAGUAGAGAAGCCCUCUGGAAGCAGAGAAGAGAGGGAAAAAAGAAGAUCAAUCUCUCCAAGGGAUAGCAAAUCUAGGGGUGACAGAAGAAGAAGAAGAGAAGACAGAAGAUAUUCAGAUAGUGACGAAGAAUAUUAUAAAAGGAAACGACGAGUUAAAAGCUUCCUCGACGAAAAGGAAAAUAAAGGGGAAGAAUUUAAUCAGUCACCAAGGGAUGAUGGAUCAGAAAGGGAAUUACAGGAAAAGUUCACCAAGCAGCAAGAAAAGAGACGAGAUCGUGGAGAAGUUGAGGAAGGGGAGAUUGAAGAGGGAGAAAUUGGGGACAAUGGUGAUAAGUACUAUGAAAAGAGGCGUGAUGGGAAAGACAGGGACCGUAGAGAAAGAAAUAGAGAUGACAGUCGUAGAAACAGAGAGAGACAAAGGGAAAGGAGAAGAGACUUCAGAGAAGAUGAUGACGAUUAUGCAGAAAGAAGCAGGAGGGAUCGUAGGAGGGACCAUAACAGGAACGAGGAUGAAGAAGGUGCUUUAAAAAGUACAGGAGAAAAUUCCACUGAUAACAAGAAGGAAGAGGACAAAGUAGAAAAGAAAAAGAAUGUAAUGGAUAUUCUCACAAGAACAGGUGGUGCAUACAUACCUCCUGCAAGACUCAGGCUGAUGCAGGAAUCAAUCAAAGAUAAAUCCAGUGUUGAAUACCAAAGGAUGGCUUGGGAGGCCUUGAAAAAGAGCAUCAAUGGGUUGGUGAAUAAGAUUAACGUGGCAAAUAUUGCAAACAUAAUCCAAGAACUUUUUGAAGAGAAUAUUGUUCGAGCAAGAGGCCUAUUUUGCCAGUCAGUAAUGCGUGCUCAAGUUGCCUCUCCAAUCUUUACAAACGUCUAUUCAGCCUUGAUCUCUAUCGUCAAUACCAAAUUUCCCAAAAUUGGUGAGCUGAUUUUACGCCGACUGAUCCUACAGUUCCGGAGAGCUUUCCGAAGAAAUGACAAAACAGUCUGCCUCAACAGCGCCAAGUUUAUUGCUCAUCUCGUCAAUCAACAAGUUGCACACGAAUUAUUGUCGUUAGAAGUUUUAACAUUGCUGCUGCAGAAACCAACUGAUGACAGUGUAGAAGUUGCUGUUGGCUUUUUAAAAGAAGUUGGACAGAAGCUCAGUGAGGUAUCUCCAAGGGGACUUAAUGCUGUGUUCGAGAGGUUGCGUAAUAUUCUGAAUGAAGGAGAAGUCGAUAAAAGAGUACAGUACAUGCUGGAAGUGAUGUUUGCUGUCAGAAAAGAUGGCUUUAAGGAUCACCCUGCAGUGAUAAAAGAGCUCGAUCUUGUCGAAGAAGAUGAUCAAAUCACGCAUUUGCUGCGAUUAGACGACAGUGGUGCCACUGAAGAAAUACUGAAUGUAUUCAAACAUGACCCAGAUUAUGAAGAAAAUGAAGAGAAGUACAAGCAGAUCAAGAAAGAGAUCCUUGGGGAAGGCAGUGACAAUGAGUCUGGUGAUGAGGGUGAUUCUGGUGAAGAUGAUGAUGAUGAUGAUGAUGAUGAUGAUGACGAUGAAGAAGCCGGUGGAGAGGGGGCCGAAGAUGGUGAAGAGAAAAUGGACAUCAUUGACAAAACAGAAACAAAUUUGGUCGCACUGAGGCGUACCAUUUAUUUAACGAUCCAGUCAAGUCUUGACUACGAAGAAUGUGCCCAUAAAAUGAUGAAAAUGAAUCUCAAGCCAGGACAAGAACAUGAAUUCUGUUUGAUGAUCAUCGACUGUUGCGCUCAGCAGAGAACCUUCGAGAAGUUCUUCGGUCUUUUAGCUCAGAGAUUCUGCUUACUGAAGAAAGAUUUCAUGGAGGAAUACACUCGUCUCUUCAAGGAACAGUAUGGCAUAAUUCAUAGAUAUGAUACGAACAAACUUCGGAAUGUGGCGAAGUUUUUUGGACAUCUGUUGUAUAGUGACGCAAUACCGUGGACGGUAAUGGAAUGCAUUAAAUUGAAUGAAGAUGAUACCACAAGCUCCAGCCGUAUUUUCAUCAAGAUACUGUUCCAGUGUAUUUCAGAGUAUUUUGGCAUACCAAAAUUCAAUGAAAGAAUCCGCGAUCCGGUACUGGCUCCAUUUUUUGAAGGACUCUUUCCAAGGGACAACCCGCGGGACACGCGUUUUGCAAUCAACUUCUUUACAGCCAUUGGUCUUGGAGGACUUACUGACGAUUUGAGGGAACAUCUUAAGAAUGCACCAAAGAAAAUGAUGGCAAGGCAACUUGAUGCUUCUUCCAGCGAUUCGAGCGAAUCUGAAAGUGAGAGUGAUUCUAGUAGUGACUCUGACUCGUCAGAUGCCUCCUCUUCUGAUUCUGACUCAUCCGAUUCUGAAGCCGUCAAGAAAAAGUCAAAGCCUUCCAGACGAAGAAGUCCAAUGCCAAAGAAGAAAAGAUCUAAGGACCCAAGAAGGAAGUGAAAUCCAACGGAAGUUAGAAAUUGAAGAAAAAAAGCAAGCAUUAAAGUGAGGUUGAGAUGAAUUUGAGGCAGCAGUAAGAUCUUUUUUGGAUUUAACUCGGGAAUGUUUGUUUUUUAAAGCUUGAAAUUCUGUGACUCAUGACAUCAGCCACUAAAGGGAUCUGUUUGCUCAAAAGCACUGUAGUAUUCUGAAAUCACUUUUGAUAUUCAAAUGUCAUUGGCUAGAUUCGUAUAAGUGCAACCUCGUGGUCUCCUUGUAAAGCGUUGUGUCUCUAACAUGUGAUUAAAGGGAUACAGCUGCUAACAUUUUUCUCUGAAGCAGAGAGAUUUUUGUAGUUCACUGGUUAAUUUAGUCUUAAGACAUCAGUGUUUGAUUUAACGCUGUCGACAAAUAGCUGUUCAACUCGUAAUGGAUCAAGUAUUUAAGGCUGUUGUCUCAAUAACGAGCUCUUUUUCAGUAGAGGAAGGCAUAUAUUUAAUCUUCCAUAGUAGAUUCAUUGAAUGAUAUUCAGCUUGGAUGCAUUUUGCCUAGUAAAUUACUGGUCUUUGUCGAUAAGGUGUAUUUGAUGAAUAAAGAAACAGUAACUUCCUGCAAUUUAUCACAGAAUAGAGAUUAAACUCUAUUCUUUGAAUUUAUCUAGGUUGGGUAUGUUUGACUGUAGGCUUUAAUCUAAGAAAUAUGUACUCCUGAACUCUUUUCUAUAAUUUUACAAGAAUUGCAUUUAUUCUUUCCCUGUGGUUGCUGUUUACAUCUUUGUCUUUCUGUUUACGUUCUUGAUAUCAACUCCUCAUUUAGAACUAUCGUGAUAAAAUGUGCAUCAUUACCCCUAGGCAUUUUUUAUCAUAUGAGAUGCUAAAUUCAUGUUGAGGGACUCGUUUUACUGUUGUGUUUUUUCAUCAAAAUUCUUUUCGUUAACAAUUUGACUCGUUUAGUUUUUAUUGAAUACGGGACUCGGCUGGUGAGAUCAUUCAGAUCCAGGUUUACAUAUCAAAUCCUAAAUAUCCUAAGAUAUCCAUUUUCUGUCUGGCUGGGGUCCUUAGAUAUGCAUUUGAUAUGCAUAAGAUAUUCAGGUAUACAUAUCAUAUUCUAAGAUAUGCAUUUGAUUUUCUCACGUUUUUCACAGUUAAGGUAUUUGCAAAACUGUGAUUUCGAUGCCUCUUAAUUGAUAUGUAACUGGUACAGGCAUUUGUUAAGUGCAAUCCCCAGUACCUGCGUGGUUGUUACCUAUUUGACCCAUCAUGCGCUCUAACAUCAUCUCACUGUGCCUAUCCAGCGACCCUGUCAAUCAACUCAACGAUCUCCUAGUUUUUGAUACAAUCAGCCUAUUUUUCCAUUUGUUUCGUAUAAUCAUUUCUUGAUGAUUUAUUGAAAAUGUAAAGGAGUUGCGCCAUGUGCUCAAUGACAUACUUAAAAUUCGAACCAUUCUUAGCACCUAGGAUAUAUUCUCUAAACCCUGAGAUGAUUAAAGAAAUUUCCAUUCAUUUUCAGCCAUAUCUGUGUGGAUCUUUGAAGUCUUUGUUCAGAUUUUUCUCUUGCAAGCAGGGUUUGUGCCACUUAGGACGAUCGGUCAGCUGGGGUCCUUGUAUGUUCUACCUCAAGCUCUUUCAAAGCGUUUCUUUUCAUGCAAAAGCUUUCAUUUUCAUUUAUGCUGCGUUUUAUUUGCCGCUUCUCUACUCAAUUUGCUCGCCAUCAUUUAAGAACCGGAUAUAACAUAACGGUCAUUGCAAAUCUUUGUUGGUUUCCUAGUGUUUUUCCUGAAACUUGUCUCAACUCAGAAAGUGUUUACACGUGCUCUACACCUACGCGAAUAAAGGAUUAAAUAUACCGUCCUUUCCAGCUUCGAUUUCAUGCACUUUUAUUUAAGACAUAUCAUUUAUCUUUGAAAUACAGUGAUUUUUCUGAUUCAAUUACCAAAGGGACUUGGUUACAGACUCCUUAUCGUUUGCUGUUGAGUCAGAAAGACAGCAGAAGAUACAUUAGUGAUCGGAGCGUUAAUAUGUUAAUGCUUUUAAAAAAGGUUAACAGUAAAGCACUAGGUAUCGAAGCUUAUAAACAUUUGAGUAAAAUUCGAAGGGUUUACAAGAAAGCGUUCGCUGCCACGAAUUAUGAAACAGUCUUCUGCGCUCGUACAGCCUUUCAACAGAUUCACCUCUUUCAUUUUUACAUCAAAGUUAGUUUUUGGUCCCUUAAACAUGCGAUUCCUUUGCCUAGGCUGUGCCUCAAACUCCUCAUUAGCAUUAACAUAGAAAUAGUAUUCAAUUAAGGGGUACUAUUGGUUGAUGCUGUUGUUGUUGUUGCUAUUUCUGUUGUUAUUGAUGCUGUCGCUGU